AUGACGGACGCCGACGCCGACGCCGACGCCGACGCCGCCCGCGGCCGCGGCGGGUGUUUUAAGCGUCAGGGGGCCACAUGGCAUGGAAGGGGCAGGGCAGGCAGAGAAAAAGACGCGAGACAGGCCUCCGCCAUUGCUGCUGCCGCCAUUGCUGAGGCUGAGGACCUUCAACGUGGCUUCAAUGCGGCCACCGCUCCCAACCACCAGACCCGCACUGUUGCUGCCCAGACGGCAGAAAGUGGCCGCACGCGCCGCCCUUUCGUGCUCUGUCUCCGCAGUUCUGACAACGCGACCUUACCUCCGCUUCUACCUCUGCCCACUAAACCGGCUGAGCCGCUGACCAUCGGGCCCCAAGACAUUAACGCUUCCGACAUGGCUGUGGGCCCUCGCGCCGAACUAGUUGACAAGUGCGCCAGUUACUGUUUCGGGCGGACGACCGCCUUUCCUUCUAAGGAACUGAGCGGCUCGGUUCCUGGUAAGUCCUAUCUUACUGCCGCUCUCACUCCUCCGAAACCUUCGCCUCCUCCCAAAUCUACCUCCUUCUCCUACGCUCCCACUGCCUGCUUCCGGUGCCUUGCCGCCGACCACCGUGUAAAAGACUGCCGCGAUCCGGUCCGGUGCCGCGUCUGCGGUGUCUUCGGCCACAUGAAGCGCUCCUGCAAGCUGUCCUCGCGGUGGGGCGUCGCGGCCAGGCAUGGCCUCGUGACCCGGUCGUCUUCUUCUGGAGGUGCUUUUGGAAGCACUUUCGGACAACGUGGAGGGCGCACCCGCGCCACGACGUCGUGGUCCACGCCUCACGUGGACGCGGACACUACCUCGGUCCCCCACCCUGGUGCUGCCCCUGCCCCGGCAGCUACAGCGCCAACUACAGUCUCUCCUGCUCCAGGCUCGGCGUCCGCCUCGCCACGCGGCCAGCGCCCGACCCCCCCUAGGUCGGCCCUUGGGUCGCCGUCAACCAGCUCUAGGGCCCCCUCUUCGCCCGCCCCGGUUCCACCGCUUCCCUUCUAUUACUUCUCUCGGGACGAGGCCGAGCCAGACAUCAGCAGCGCCCUCGAUAGCUCUGCCUCCGUGCGGCCCCGGAUUCAAGACCCCUCCUCUUCUAAGGAAGCGGCCGCUCUCCCCCCUCUGCGCUUCAAGCCCCCAAGACUUGCUACUCCUGAUCUUUGCCUCUAG